UUGCACUCUGAACUGUUUUGCUCGGCUGUGUGUAUGUUGAAAGGUGGUGUCGUGGGACUGAAGCACAAGCGGCUCCGGCAUGUGGUUAUCAUGAGCUGGCCAGACCUUGGCGCUACUUUAUAUCAAGGGUGGGGGUGAGCUUGUGCCCCUCUUCUUACCCUGGUGAAACAGGUCUGCGCCUAACUAUACUUGUAGAAGAUUAGUAAGGUUUCAUCAAAAUCAAGAAAGGUCUAGAGGACACUAUUGGAACAUUCGGUUGAUUCUCUAAAGAUGAACAAGAAGCAGAUAACUGAGAAGAUCUUGAAUCAUGCUCUGGAAAUUAUCUACCUACUGACUGGCGAGGAGUGUACAGUGGUGAAGAGCAAUAAUAAGGAAGUCCAUGGUAUGUUCAACAAUGCCUCAAACCCUAUUGUGAACCAAAGUAUUCAUUCACAUGAUCGAAAUAAUAACCCGCUGUUAGUAAGAGAGAAAAUCUUAGAGCUUGGUGCCAAAAUGAUCCAGCUUCUAACUGGAGAGUUAUUUCUGAAAGAGUGGAAAUAUUUUGAAGAACACCAAAAUUAUUACACAGAUGUCUUAAGAGAGAACCACCAGCCCUUAAGCUCCAUGGGUUACAGUAACGUGACACCAGAGAAUGUUUUACAUAUUAAGCGAGAAGAGAGAUCUUUAUUGAAAGAGUUUAAAGAGAGUCAGAAUGAAAUUCAUGAAGUAACUGCUCAAGCAUACGUAAAUGUGAAUCCAGCAGAUGAAUUAGAUAUUAAGCAAGAAAGUGAAAAUUUGAUGGGGGAAUCGACAGACUGUGUGGUGAUUCCAGAUGAUACUGAUCAAGAUUCUGAUGUUAAAGAGAUAGAUCGGCAAGAUAUGCCUCCUGUACAAGGCGUUUGGAUGGAAGAUGACUUUCGCCAGUGUUUAUAUAAGGAAAAUAGUUUGCCGAUAAGAAGUUCCCAUAGACAGUGUGAUAUUACACAAGAGAUUUUUGCAAAAAGUAUUAAAAAUAUUAUUAAAGAACAGCGUUUAACAAAUCAUGAUACGUUUCUUGCUGAAAGAGACAUACAAAUUGUGCAACUAAACCAUGGUGAAACAGAAGAUUCUGUUAGCAAUAGUGAACACAAAGACAGUCUUCUAAACAAACAUGUCAACAUAAAUAUUCAUGAAGCAGGUCAAAAAAAUGAUUACUUUAACAACGACAUGGGGAAAAGAACACUCCCCUGCAGCUUAAUUACAAGUAAAAUUGCACAGAGCGAGAAACCAUUUAUUUGUUUAGACUGUGGCAAACACUUUGCAUGCAAUUCGCACCUUACUAACCACAUGACAAUCCACUCUGGAGAAAGGCCAUAUUCAUGUAAUGAUUGUGGCAAGUGUUUCACUCGAAAUGCCCACCUUGUACGACAUCAGGCAUCCCACACAGGAGAGAGGCCCUUCUCUUGCUCAGACUGUGACAAAAGCUUCACUCGCAGUUCAUAUCUUGUGUUACAUCAGAGAUCUCACAAAGUGGAGAAAUGUGGAAAGAACUUUACUGCCAACGAUGAUCUUCUAAAAAAUCAGAUCAUCCACAAAGGGGACAGGCCAUAUGUAUGCGGCGAAUGUGGAAAAAGUUACACUCACGGUUAUAAGUUUGUUAUCCAUCAGAGGACCCACACUGGUGAAAGGCCAUUCUCUUGCAAUGAAUGUGGAAAAAGCUUUAUAAGCAGAUCAAACUUUGCUGCUCACCAGAAAAUCCACACAGGACAGGGGACCUAUAUUUGUAAUGACUGUGGAAAAAGUUACCUCAGUAGAUUCCAUCUUGUCAUUCACCAGAGAACACACACAGGGGAGAGACCGUACGCCUGCAGCCACUGUGGGAAAGGUUUUAUUUCUCGUGCAGAUCUUGUUCGCCAUGAAGUCAUUCACAGACCCCAGCGGCCACAUGUAUGCAACCAGUGUGGGAAAAGGUUCACACAAAACACUCAUCUUGUUAGACAUCAAAAAAUUCACAGGUCAUAGAUUCGUUAGAAAAAAUGUUUUUCUUCAUCAAAGACACUUUUUUUUGUUUCAAAUGUUAAACACUAUCUUGUUGAUGUUUUUUUUUUUUUUUUUUCAAAUAAAUCUAUUCAUCCAGAAAUAGAAAAAGAGCAACUUAACCCAUAGUAACCAAAAACAUUUUUUGUACUUUUUGGCCCUGGUAAACUGUCAUUCUUUUGCCUCUGAUAAUGAAUGCAGGGUAUCUAAAGAAGGAAUAUCCUGUACACCCUCUAAACUAUGAGAAUAAAUGGAAGACAAUGUAACAUAUACUGUAAAUAUGGUAUAUUUUCCUUUAAUUCUUCUGAACAUGAAUUUGGUGCUCAACGUGUGCAAGCCAGUAUGAGAAUAAAUAAUGUGCUUAAAAGA